CAUCAAGUGAACGACAGCUAUUUUCUGCUUGACAUAUUGUAGGAAACGCUAUAUAAUGUCACACAAAACCUACAUGUCGACAAAAAAAAGACAAUGUCACUUUUCAAGUUACGUAAUACCCCUGCGGGAUGACGGAAUAUAUCGCGUAUGAAAACAUAUAGUUAUUCAAUCCGUGUAGUGUGAAAUACCAAAUCAGUUUUUGUCUAUCAAGUUGUUAUAACCGUGGAUUGGCCCCUUAUUAUAACAUCUCUCGUUUUGUGCGUCGGAAGUUAAAAAUUAGCAGUCAAUUAUAGUGCUUCAUUUUAGAUUUAUUUAAAUGUUGAAUUCCCAAAUCUACCUUGGAGCACCUUGUAUAUUAUUUCAGCGAACACAAUGUGUGUGUUUCAACACAGAACUGUAAACACAGAAAUAAUUGAUCCCAAUUAUGUGUUCACCUUUUACACACCAUUAUCUCCGUUCGGUAAGAUUAUCACUUUUACAAUUACUUUAAAAGCAGUUUGCAUCCAAUUGAAAACAGUCACUUCACUCCACAUUCCCAAAUCGUAAACAUCCAAAAUGAAGAUGUUAAACACCCUGUACCUCAACGGAAACAACCUCACUAUAGAAGACCUAGUUUCCGCAACGCUUAAAACAGAAGUUAAACUGAGCGAUACAUCUUGGCAAAGAGUUGAUGAAUCCAGAGAGUUUAUAGAGACGAUUUUAGCUGAAGAAAGACCUGUAUAUGGAGUCAAUACGGGACUAGGCAGUUUUUCCGAAGUUGUUAUAAGUCCGAAAAAGCUGCUGGUGCUGCAGAACAACAUCAUCAGGUCACAUGCCGCAGGAGUCGGAAAACCUUUGAGUCCAGAAAGGGUCAAGAGGAUGCUGAUUCUUAGGCUGAAUCUGUUCGCAAAAGGUCACAGUGGAAUAAGCAGAGAGACGCUAAACCACAUAAUAGCAUUCUGUAACGCAGGGUGCGUCUCAAAAGUCCCAGAACAAGGAUCUGUGGGUGCUAGCGGUGAUUUGGCACCUUUGGCACAUCUGGCACUUGGAAUGUUAGGAGAAGGUGAUAUGUGGGACCCAGAACUAGGCUCUUGGCAACCUGCCAAAACCGUGAUCGACAAAUAUGACCUGCCUACGUUGAAACUCAAACCAAGAGAAGGUUUAUCUUUGAUCAACGGUACUCAAAUGAUUGUCUGCCUGGGAGCCGAAGCUAUCCAUAGAGCAGAGAACCUAGUCAGAUGCGCAGAUAUAAUCACCAGCUUAUCAGUGGAAGUGUUGAAAGGAACUGUGAAUGCAUUUUCCUCGCAGAUUCACAGGGUUCGUCCUCAUCCUGGACAGCAAAUUUCAGCAAGGCACAUCAGGUCUUUGCUAAACAGCGUUAUAUUUCCUUCGGAGAUCUCAAAUUCGCACAAAGAUUGCAAAAAGGUUCAAGACGCUUACUCCAUAAGAUGUGCGCCUCAAGUACAUGGCAUUGUCUACGAUACCCUGAGGUUCGUUAAAGAAGUUCUAGAAACUGAAAUGAACAGCGCGACAGAUAACCCGCUGGUGUUCUGCGAUACCAAGACAGUUUUAAGUGGAGGUAACUUCCAUGGAGAAUAUCCAGGCAAAGCCUUGGACUACUUGACAAUAGCUGUCAGCGAACUUGGCUCUAUUUCUGAAAGGCGCACAGAGCAAAUGCUCAACAGGCAUUUGAAUGGCCUACCUGGAUUCUUAGUGAAAGACGGAGGGUUCAAUUCAGGCCUUAUGAUUCCUCAAACAACACAAGCUGCUCUGGUUAGCGAAAACAAAACGUUAUGUCAUCCAGCAACGGCUGAUUCAGUGCCUACAAAUGCCGCUAAAGAAGAUCACGUUUCUAUGGGCAACUGGGCAGCCAGGAAAUGUCUCCAAGUUCUAGCUAACGUAGAAUACAUUUUGGGAAUUGAACUGAUGACUGCGAUACAAGGCCUAGAACUACAUCGACCAAUGAGGUCAACCAAACCUAUCGAAAGCGUAUUUCAGUUAGUCAGAGAUGCGGGAAUAGAAGCUUUGGACACAGAUCGAUUCUUGGCUCCAGAUAUGGAAAUAGCAAAGAAUCUCGUCGCUAAAAGGAAGCUACUCAAUUUGAUUGAACCUCACUGGGAUGAUUGGAGUGAAAAUAUUGAAGAUACUGGACUAAACCACAAUAACGACUUGAAAACAAAUGGAAACAAAAAAUGGUGAUACUAUAGCUUUAGAUCAGGAAAUAUUUUUCUUGGUAACUGUAUAUUUGAUUCUGUGAAUAAAACUUACAAUCGAAA